UAAUUAUUUAUGUCAUGUUAACAGUUAUAAACAAAUCUCAAAUGUUGUUAAAUAAAGUUACUUUCACUUUCUAUUCCGUCUUAGUUACAAUGUAAGCGAUCUGCGUCAUACAUUCAAUCUACAUUCUUUAAUCACGGUGCGUAAUCGUUUCGGGCUGAUUUGGAAUAUUUUAUUGCACCGGUUGAUUAAGAUAAAAUGGACUUUUAGCUUGACGAGUCGGUGUUUAGAUCUUGACGUAUCCAGUACCUCGUAACAGAGUAAUGGCGCAAAGUAAACAACUCGAUAGUCGAAAUAAAGCGUGUAGAUAUCCUGAACAAGACAGCUAUAGUGAAGAUACCUUUUCUUCUGAAGUCUUCGACGAAAUCAGUUUGUGUGUUAGACCGGAAGAAGAUCGUGAGAUUAUUAGUUUUGACCCAAACGAUGAUACAGAUGAAUUAUCGUCUGUUAAACCAACCGUUAGCUGUGCAAAAUGUGUGGAGCAUGUACGUGUGGAGAAGGUGUCACAAAUUCUCAGAGGCCAUCAUAUAACUAUGCCUGGUAAAAUGGUUGGCAACAAGUAUGAUCCAGAACGCCGGGAGCAGAAGUGGAUAUACAUGCACCAUGCCAUUGUUAAAGAUAUCAUAGCUAAGGAUGACCAGAAGUCAGUCGUGGAGCUGAAGUUGAUCCACAUGUGGGAAAACGAACGCGGUGAGCUUGGGCUUUGUGAGUCGAACACGCAAUUCGCUCUUGCUAAUGACGAGUUGUACAUAGUGGAAUAUAAACAUCCGAGAUUUACGCGGGAACAGGUGGUAGAAAGAGCGGAGAAAGCGCUAAAUGACCGGGAAAAUGCUCGUAGUGAAUCCAAAAUGAUACGGUUCAGUUGUUACAAUGUGGUCACAACAAACUGUGAACAUUUUGCCACUUGGUGUGUGGUAGGAUUACAAAAGAGCCACCGAGAUUUGUAUUUCUGGCAGCAAAUAGGUCAGAAGGUUGUCGAGAUAGGCGAAAGUGAACAAGUCAUGGAGAUGAAGGCGCGGCUUGUUGACAUAUUUGGAAAUGCAAGCAAAAUAGUAAAAGGCUUCAAAAUUCUGUUUGAUUCUUCAGAUGAAAUAACGAAAAUAGUCGGAGACAGCAUUAGCAUGCCGAGCGCAACAACAGUAUUAAGCGGCACUGCCGCCAUGUAUGUAUUAUAUUGCAUUAUAAUGACUCUAUACUUUAAGUAUAAGUACGCAAGAAGUGAAAUAUGUGCUUCGUGUUUUCGAAACAGUAUAAUGGAUCUUUGGGCUAGAUGUUAUGUGUAUGGAAUCACCUCUGUAGCCACGUUUUUCAUACUGAAUGGCAGCGUAUCAAUUCCUGCAGUGGUAGGUGCCUUCACGCUAAUAGCUUUGUCGGUGGUUUGUCAACAUUACAUCCCAAAUAUAAGAAAAGCUCUGAUGGCCCCAUACGGGUGCAGCAAGACCGCAAUAUAUCGGCUUGACGACAUAAAUAUCGGAGAUAUUGUUACUAUACAGUAUUGGGGUCUUCCCCAUGACGUCAUUGUUACGGAAGUUCACACAAAUAGCAGUGAUAAGAAAGGCAAGAUUCGAGUUGUUCACUAUGCUUUGGGCUCACUGUUUACGACCAGAGAAGUAAAAGAAGAAUACUUUACAUUAAGAUCGGUUUCAAAACAUGUUCCUAUCUUGCACCGUCAUGACUGUGAUCAUUUGAAUUUGUUUUCUCCUGAAAUUGCUGUCCUAAGGGCUAAGCAGAGAAUAGGUGAAAGGAAAUGGCAUGGGACUAAAAACCGUUCCGAUCACGUUUGCUACUGGGCGAAAGUAAAGAACUACUUUACUGCAGAUGCAACAGACGACACGCAGCAUGGAUCGUCUGCUUCUCUAGAGGAUCAAGGUCAAUCGAAACUUCCGAGUACCUUGUUUGUGGGUGAGAUGGAAGCACACCUCAGUAGCGACAUAGAAAUUGGGGACGCUGUAAGAGUUAAAGGUGUGGAGGGAAUACUUGUAUACAAAGAUUGUGGAGAAAGGAAAAUGAAAUUGAAGAUUAUCACUGUUAAAGAUUCCGUGAAAAAGCUGAAACAAUUUGUAAAUCUCAAUACUGACAAUCUUACAGUUUUGCGAUACCACCCGGUGCAUUGUCAUCCGAAACCAGUGCGAGCUGAUCGGGCCAAAUUGGUAAUGGGCCAGAAAAUUCCGUUGAAAAGUUUUAUGGAUUUUUGUUUAUUACUUAAAAGUUAACUUUGAGUGAUCGAUUACAAGAGUUAGUGUCUUCGACAUUAAUGUAGCUGAAGUUUGAAGUUCGACAGUCUUGCGCAGGAAUGCUAGCUUCUGAUUUGAUACAAAAAUGCCGUUUAUGUUGUGAAACGGUUGAAGUACAUACAUGUUUAUACAUAGGUCAUGUGAAUGUAUUUACUUUAAAUGUAUUUACUUUGCAUAAUAACUCAUAAAAUAAUAUAUCAUUGGUAAUAUGACUACAUGUACACGGAGUGUGAAGGAAUAAUACUGGUGUACAUGCAAUAUGUCAUAAAACGUGGGAAACUGCUUGUACAUAACUGCAGAGACUUUGAAACAACCAGUUAUGAGCUAUGUAAAGGUUUUAGCUCAAUGGAACAACGUCUUUCCCUCACAGGGGUUAAAUCUACCCAGCUAGCGGUUAGAAUCAAACCCCUAAGUCAAAUACUAAUUAUUGAAUUUUCUAACCGGUUUUCAGCUAAAACCGUCGUACCCGUUUCAACGGAUAAUCGUGAAACCCCAAGCAAAAUGAGUAUUGCUUAACAGAGUGCCUCUCUGCAGCUGCUGUAUUGUAUUUGUGUACCAUGUUUAUGACUGACCAGUAAAACAGGUCCGACUGUGUGUAGUAUUAGAAUGUUUCUUUAUAACAUACGUUUUCUUAUGAUUGUCUGUAAAACAGGGUCGACUGUGUUAAGUAUUAUAAUGUUUCUUUAUAAUAUACGUUUGUUACGAUUGGCCUGUUAAACAGGUUCGACUGUGUUUAAAAACAUUAAAAUGUUUUGGGGCUUUUUUUGUUGUUUUUUUUUUUUCGUUUUGCUUUUUUAGUUAUUGGUGCCCGUUAUGUCUCAGAAAUGCUUUUAUUUUAUUUCUCAAAAUCUUUUUUAUAUUUGAAGUUUUCAACAUGUUACGCAUUGGUUAUUUAUCUGAACCAUUUGUUUCUGUGUCCAUAUGGUAAUAGUACAGAUGUAGUGAUUUAGUAUUUGUAUUGAGGUCAGAAUACUACUUUGUUUAAAUUUUGCUACUUUUAUGACAAAUAAUUUAAAAUUCAGCACAAUUUUCUUCAUGUGGUAAGCAUCUAACAUGCUCUUAAAUUAUCAUUUAACGUUAUUAUUACAGAUACAUCUCAUGUUUUCCCUUUCUAAGAAUGGCAUAUAUUAGUUUCUGAGUCAUAAUGUGCCUUUAAAUAAGCUUUAUCCGCUUUCAUUAUAAAUUUCGUCAUAAAAAAAUCUGUACCAUAAUAUUAUGGGGUGGAAGUUUAGAACAUCAUCAAAAAUCCUCAUCGCCGUUUCAUUGUUAAAAUAAGUUAGAUAUUUCUUUAUAAUUGCCCAUUGUCAUAAUAAUUUUUUUUAUCUUUCAUACAAGAAAAAAAAUUAUUGAUUCACUUGUACAAAAGCAAAGUUUUAAAAUAGUUGUGAGUAUACCUUCAUUUUGUGCCAAUGAGUUAUUGAAGAAAGAAAAUUGUUUUCAGUAAUCUGUUUAGUAUUAUACCAGUAUGGUACAUGUUUGUAUUAUAGAUAAAAUAAAAUGCAUAUUUCCA